AUGUCACAACCGUCCGGAAAUGAGGGCGUUUGUGCCAUCUUCAUUCAUGCCGGAGCGGGGUUCCACAGCCAUGAGAAUGAGCACAAACAUUUGAAGGCCUGUGAAGUAGCUGCGCUCAAGGCCAUGGCAUUCUUAAAGGGUGGUGGCACCGCCGUUGACGCCGUUGAAGCAGCCCUGAUGGUGCUUGAAGACAAUCCAAUUACAAAUGCAGGGUUUGGGAGCAACUUGAACGCAAAGGGGGUGGUCGAGGGCGAUGCCUCGAUUGUCGAUCAUCACGGGUUAAGUGGAGCGGUUGGAGCUGUACCCAACAUCAGGAAUCCGAUCAUGCUUGCUCGGAAGAUCUAUGACAAGUCCAAUGUGCAGAUGGGCAUGUCGAGGGUGCCCCCGAACUUCUUGGUCGGAGAAGGUGCCAAGGACUUUGCAUGGGAGAAUGGCAUGGUUAUCAUGCCCGCGGAAGCCUUGAUCUCGCCCGUCGCCCUAGAGCGUUAUCAGGUAUGGGCCGCAGAGGUCGAUGAUUAUGAAAAUGAAACUACCGGUGAAGUGAUCGAUCCCUGGAUUCGCCGGCCCAUGACUCCCCUUGACACUCGCCUUAACCGUCUCGAGCGUGCUUCUCAACCCGAAACCCGUCCUACCAGCCAUGCAGCGGAUGAAGAAAUCAGAACUCUGCCCAAUCCAAACAUUCUUGCAGAUGUGAAGGGGCGCCCGGCAUCAUCACUGGAGCAUGAAACUCAGAAAAAGGCCAGGCUUUCAAAUUCCCACCUACCUGUGCAGCCGCCUACCUCACCUUUAUCCUCAUCUCGGAAUGGUAGCCCUGAUUCCGCUGAUAGUGAACAAGACCGGGAGGACAUGACAACAGAGAGCCCUGAUGCCGCCGAUAUUGAAGAAGACGGAAAGGACAGUAUCACACACAGCCCCGAUGCCGCCGGCAGUGAACAAGACGGGGAGGACAGCAUCACAGACACUGUUGGCGCGAUUGCUAUUGACAAGUAUGGAAAUAUUGCGGCAGGAUCUUCUUCUGGUGGCAUUGGUAUGAAGCACCGAGGUCGAAUUGGACCUGCUGCCCUAAUUGGCAUUGGCACCCAUGUUAUUCCACAAGACCCAACUGAUCCAGAUGGAACCACUUGUGCGGUCGUUACAUCUGGGACUGGAGAGCUCAUUGCUUCAACACUGGCGGCAAGCACAUGCGCGCAAAGGAUGUAUUACAGCCAGAAGAUGGGCGACAACGGUGUUUUUACCCAGGUCAUGGAGGAAGAAGCUCUCAGGGGGUGGAUGAAAAGGGAGUUUAAUGAACACACUGCUGUGAGUAACAGCAUUCUCUUUGGGGCCCUCGGAGUGGUCAUUGUGAAGAAGAACAAUUAUGGCGUCGAACUCUACUUUGCUCACAACACCGACUCUUUCGCCAUCGCUUCCAUGUCCAGCAAUUCGAACAGGCCAUCGUGUCUAAUGUCGCGAGGCACACGAGGAACCAUUGCCCAGGGAGGUUGCCGAAUCAGGUUUCCAGAUUAC